AUGCGAAUUCGGAUGGCCCAACCACUCACCAGGAAAGGGCUGCUAGAUUCCUGUCUGGCUUGUUGGCUGUUCAUUCACCUAGUCUUGCUGGAACCUGCAGGAUGCAAGUUUCCCCGUGGCUCAGAAGCGAGCGUCCCGCUGACGGACACGAGUGUCUUGCCACCGGAAAACUACAACACCGUCUAUCUUAACACGAUCGCCCGGGCUUCCGGAUCCCAAUCCAAGUUGCCUGAGGUUCGACCACGAUAUCGUGAUCUGCCUGAAGGGCUGAUGGCCGGAAACGAGCCCAAGCGAGCCCGAUACGGACCGGCUGGUAGCUAUCUAAAUGAUGAUGGUGAACAAACAAGAAUGACUCAUGACAAGAGGAGAUUCCAGGUUACUAAUCAUCUUCGUCACUCCACAGCUCAUUCGGCGAGCGCCGUCUCGGGAGAUAGGUUCAUCCAUCCAAUCGUACGGCAAACUUCCCAUCAGAUGCCAAAUCAUCGAGGAAAAGUCAGAGCCGGGUCCGAUCAACUGGACAUUCGGAAUUAUGGAGAGAUUGCCGACGUGGGGAUUGUGGAAACCAGUCGAGACAAACGAUCAGCUGAUAUCGCCAUUCAAUCUCCUUCGCUCGAGUGUCCCUUCACUAAUAUCAAUACUUUCUGGGUCGCCGACUCUCUGAUCAGAAGACGCACCCAAUCCUUCGAGUCAAAAUAUCCGCCAUUUGUGAAAUACCUCUUCAUUGAUCAAUCCAACCCUCAUUCUAAACCAGUUCUGUUGGACGCGAGACGUUGGGGACAGACAAGCAAUUCGAUCCCAGUGGUACCGAUUUCUGGAUACCCUGUAUCAACACGACACUUGAACCGUAGAUUUCAAGAAAUCACUAGGCUGAUCAUUUACAAUCACGCUGCACUGCUGAGGACUUUAUCGAAGACUCUCAAUGAGGAAAUACAAGCCCAUGACGAUUUGGAAGCAUGGCUGAUUAAAGAAAUUUAUUAUCCAGACGUUGGCCUGCCUAUCAUAGCUAAAUUCUCCAGGAACAAAUUGGACAUACGCAAGGCGCAUCAUGACCAAGCUCAAUGUUUGUUGAUUGCCCACUUGCGUCAAAACCAAGACCUCGAGGAAAAAUUUCGUGACUCGAUCUCGAUCAUUGGUCUUUAUUAUAAGCAAAACCUUCCUGAUGUAUGGAGAUCGUUUGGGAACAGUGAUCAGGAGUUCUGGUCACUCCUACGAUUGGCCCUCCAAAAUGCAAAGACAGGUAAAUUGGACGUAAACGAACUGGAUGAAAAUCUAAAUUUAGAGCAGCAAAUCGAAAGAGAACUUUUCCCUCAACGAUCCAGGAUUGCAGAAUUUUCGCAUAGGAUUGCGGCGACUUAUGAUUCAAUUUCAUGGCAACAAGGAAUCAAGGGCAGACAAGAAUUCGAUAAUUUUCCGGUCACUUUGAUUCCUGGAGUGACCAAAGAUCAAGGAAUAAGAAUCCAGUCUAUUCGGAUCAAGGAUGAUCAACAGAUAUUGAGACCACUAGUCACAGCGAAGAAAUUUGAAGUCUUACUGAUUAGCUGCGUCAAUCUUCACAACACCCUGCUCGGUUAUCUAAAGAAGAACGACUUGAGAGUGCUUCCGAAUGCCUCAGCUCGAAUAAGGAAUAUUGCCUCAAGCGAUUCGGUUCAGUGA